GUCCUCCACCUGCUCACCGACGCAAGCGCUCCUCGCACUCGGUCCUCGGAGGCGGCAGCUCCGGUGAGGAUGCUGGAAAACGGGCGGAAGGUGUUGAAGGAGGGUCUCCUGGAGAAGCGCAGCGAUGGUCUCCUGCAGCUGUGGAAGAAGAAGCUGUGCGUGCUGACCGAGGACGGUCUGCUGCUUCUCCCACCCAAGCAGCACGACCACCCGCAGCAGCAGCAGCAGCAGCACCGCGGAGGGGGCGACAAAGUCAAGGAGCUUCACUUCGCCAGCAUGAAGACCGUGGACUGCGUGGAGCGGAAGGGCAAGUACGUGUACUUCACCGUGGUCAUGACGGAGGGCAAGGAGAUCGACUUCAGGUGCCCGCAGGACGAGGGCUGGAACGCCGAGAUCACCCUGCAAAUGGUCCAGUACAAGAACCGACAGGCGAUUCUGGCGGUCCGGUCCACCCGGCAGAAGCAGCAGCUGCUGGUGGUGCAGAUGCCCGGACAGAAGACCCACCGCAGUUCCCCCAACGUGGCGUGAGCUGCGGUGCGCAUCAGCUGAAUGAGAAGGUUCAGUGGACACUCAUCUGUAUGACAAGCUUCAAUCGGGACUGUAUCAUCUCCCCCAUCGUUCACCACCAAACCCAGGACAACCCUUCUUCUUCCUCCAUGUAGUGGUUUCCACAGACCAGCACCCCGACUGCUCCUUUCCCCAAUACACAGAAUUCUUACAGCAAAGACUGAUGGACAAAAAGCAUGUGAGAAAGCAGCUGUAUUCUGAUGUGCCCCGCCCCCCUCUGAUCCCCACCCUUUGUUAUUUAUUAGAUAUGUACAUAUUUUCUAUAAAGAUGUUCUGUUGUUGCUGUGUGUUUUCUGUGUGUUUGAAGUCAGAGGAGCUGCUCAUUUCAAGGUUCAUUAAGAAGCAUACUCAAAGACCUCUGCCAAGGUGCCGUCUGUUUUAGACCCGACCCGAGACUUCACAUCAGGCAAUAAUAUUUUCUCCAAAAAUGUUUCCAUGAAGAGCAACUCGACUUGUCGGUUCACUUUCAUCCUUAAAAAAACGGUUUUCAGUUGAAAGUGUGUUGCCAUUUUGAAGUAUGAUUUUAUAUUUAGUUAUAUUAAACGGCAUCUCUGCUCA